AUGGAAGCUUGGAAACUUAUUUCAAAGAAGCUUGAACCUUUUCAGUACACAGUAUGAACUGAGUUUACACCUCUUGCUAUAAAAUAUAACGCAGUAAAUUUAGGGCAAGGUUUCCCUGCUUUCAAAUGCCCUGAAUUUGCGAAACAAGCCUUAAUUGAUGCAACAAACUCUGAUGAAAACCAAUACUCAAGAUCACAGGGCUACCUCCCUUUGUGCCAAGAAUUAGCUAGAGUUUAUAGCUCGAAAUAUAAUAGAGAGAUUAAUCCUCUGACAGAAAUAGCAGUCACAAUCGGUGCUUCCGAAGGAAUCAUGUGUGCCCUCUUAGGCAUGGUUAACCCUGGAGAUGAAGUUGUUAUGAUGCAGCCUUAUAUAUACAUAAAAUAGCCUGAGAAGAACAGUCCGUCCUCUCUUAGUCAUUCGAUUAUAGUCUAGCAAUAUUUAGAGAGACUUAAGACUCUUUUUAGCUGGAUUGAGCCAUAAGCCUUUCUCAGUUAAGGGCCACCAGUACUUAGCCUAGUCGGUCCGAUAUAGACAGGGCAACUUAACAGUCGAAUGGCGAAAGCUUUGAGUUUUUUCUUGCUGGCUGGCUCCAGCGAUGGUGCAUUCUUCAGCAAAAGUGAUUCUCUUGGCGAGGCGAUCUUGCCUUGCCGUUCCAAUUAUUAGCUUCAAAAAAGAUGACGUCCUGUUGUUGGAAAUAUAGGUGCUCAGCAAUCUACUGAGAAAACGAGCUGCAAGACGGUAGCACUCUUCUACCUCAACAAAACUGCUAAAUUAAUCACUGAUAGGGAUCUUGAAAACUUCAAAAUUAAUCUAGGCUUAUGAUAGAGCCUUGCUUUGACCUUUAUAUACCCCAAACAGCAAUAUUUGGAGGAAUUCCAGUUGGUGUGCCUUUAACUCCACCAACUCCUGGAGAAAAUCAAUGGACAUUAGAUUUUGACAGACUUGAAGCAGCUUUUAACGAAAGGACUCGUGUUUUUAUGAUAAAUACACCCCACAAUCCUAUUGGGAAGGUUUUCACAAGACAAGAAAUCGAAAAAAUUGCAGAGAUUUUAGAAAAAUGGCCAAAUGUUUGCAUAAUUUCUGAUGAGGUAUAUGAGUAUAUCACAUAUGAUGGCAGAGAGCAUAUAAGUAUAGCCAAUUUUGGAAACCUCUGGGAUAGAACAGUUGUUUUUGGAAGCGCUGGAAAAAUCUUUUCAGUGACUGGAUGGAAGACAGGAUGGGCUAUAGGUGGAGCUGACGCUAUAAAAAAAAUCACGACAGCCCAUAUGUGGAAUACAUAUUGCUCAAAUACAGUCGCCCAAGGCGCUAUUGCAAGAAUGCUUACUCCCGCCUCUAUGAACUAGCAAAAUCAUUAGAAAAAAUCCCUACUUUUUUACCCAAAACCACCCUCCGUGAGCGAACAAAAAUUUUUUAAUAGAAAAAUUUGUAUGGAAAAAUUUUGAUAUAUAUAAGUGAUAAUUAGUAUCAUGAAAUCUCUAACUAAUUCUGUUUUAAUUUUGAACAAAUUGGGUUAUAAUACAUAAAUUUUACAAAUUAAAUUAAUAUUUUGUUUCCAAUUUUUUUUGAAGUGGGAUUUUUUUAAAUUUUUGAAGAAAAAAUCUAUAAAAUUUAUAUAAGCCCCUCAGUGAGCGAACAAAAAAAUCUUGUUCGCUCAUGGAGGGGGGAGUUAGAAUCGCUGACGAGCCUUACAUCGGCUUCCCUAACUAUUAUGAAUGGAUGAAAAACGAAUAUACAAGAAAACGAGAAAUACUUCAUAACUUGCUGAAAAAUGCUACAAAAAUUGGAGUUGAUCCAAUUAUUCCAGAAGGAGGAUAUUUUAUGUGUGCCAGAGUGAACCCUUCGCUUAUUGAGUCAAGUUACCUUGAAAACACAACCUAUGACUUCGCAUUUUGUAGAUGGAUGACUGAAAAACUAGGCGUUUGUGCUAUUCCUUGUUCAGCAUUUUAUUUAGAUCAUCACAAGCAGGAUGGAGAAAACCUUGUGCGAUUCGCUCUAUGCAAAGAUUAUAAAGACUACGAAGCUGCAGAAAAGCUACUAAGCUAA